CUGCCAUAUAGACUGAAAAUCAGAGAUUGAGGGUACACAGGAAGCAAUGGCAUCAGAAGAGAACGAAACAACUCCAUUAUUAACUAAUAAUCAGGAUACACAGGGACAAAUAAGAAAUGGCCGGCUUUACGUUGCGGCCUUUUCGGCUGUUUUGGGCAGUUUUAUUUUUGGAUACGCCAUGGUACUUCCCUCCGCCGUGAUCCCACAGCUUCAGGAGGAUGAUGAUCCACGACUGCACAUGAACGUUAAUCAGAUUUCCUGGUUUGGGUCUAUUUUUGCGAUUGGAGCUAUAGUAGGAGGGUUGAUUGCCAUGCUGAUGAAUGACAAAUUUGGAAGGAAACACAGCAUCAUGAUAUCUGUAAUUCCCUCCACGGCGGGGUUUCUCAUGAUGGCCAAAGCAAAUGAAUGGUUGUUGCUUCUCCUGGGCAGAUUUCUCACAGGCAUCGCUGCUGGGAUUACAGCCAGCUCCAUUCCUGUCUAUGUGUCAGAGAUUUCACAUCCAGGUGUCAGAGGAGCCCUGGGAGCCACUCCUCAGGCCAUGAUUGUCUUUGGAGGUCUGGCACUCUACGCUCUCGGUUUGGUUCUGCCGUGGCGGUGGCUGGCUAUAGCUGGCGAAGUUCCGGGUCUGAUUAUGCUAAUCCUUCUGUGCUUCAUGCCGAACUCUCCACGUUACCUCAUCACCAAAGGCAAAUGGGAAGAGGCUGUGAGAGCCCUCCAAUGGCUCAGGGGCCCUGAUUCAAACUAUAGCACUGAACUCAAUCAAAUUCAACAGAUUGUCAAUUCCCAGCUUGGAAUGGAGUUCUCAGAUCAUAAGGGUCCAUUCUACUACAAACCAAUCGUGAUAUCUGUGUUUAUAAGAAUCCUGCAGCAGAUGACAGGUAUUACACUCAUCUUGGUUUAUCUGGAGCCAAUCUUUGAGAAAACAGCUGUUUCACUGGAACCCAAGUACGAUGCAGUCAUAGUGGGACUGGUUAGACUGUUUGCUGUUAUGAUCGCAACUUGUUUUAUGGACAAAGCUGGCAGGAAAUCUCUUCUCUACGCAUCAGCAUUUAUAAUGUUUAUGGCCAUGCUGACAGUGACCGUGUACACCCACAAAACAUCAUGUGAUCCUGGGAACAUAACUCUUGCAGUUCCAUCUGCAACUGAGUCAUUUGGAGUCAUGACUGGUUUUGAGUUCAAAUCUGGCACAGUUAUCCCCCUCAUCAGCAUAAUCUUUAUUGCACUUGGUUAUGCAAUAGGCUGGGGUCCGAUCACAUGGCUGCUGAUGUCAGAGAUCCUGCCGAUGAAAGUGCGUGGUGUUGUUUCAGGCGUGUGUGUGAUGGUCAGCUAUAUCACUGCUUUCGUGCUGACACAAUUCUUCAUGCAGGCAGUGGAUGCAUUUGGACUCUUUGCACCGUUUCUGUUCUUCAGUGUAAUCUGCGUGGUGAGCAUCAUAUUCACAGCAGUGUAUGUGCCUGAAACAAAAGGGUGAACACUGGAGGAAAUUGAGAACUAUUUCAGAACUGGACGCACCUUCACCACUGCUGAGAGUUAAUCCGACUGCAAUCAGGGAGAAACACAAACCUACAUAUUUAAAUAAUGAUAUUUUAUUAUCAAUCUAUGAAUCUCAAAUCAGUAUAAAAGCUUGACAGGAGAGAAUAAAUAAUAAUAAAGCAAUAAUAAAGUCAAACGUUUUUCAGUUUUACAGAUGUUUUGGAUUCGUCUGUUUCCCUACUGAAAAAGAAAAAUAUCUUUUUGUUCGUGAAAUGAUAUGAUAGAAAAGGUCAAAUAUAAUAUACAUUCCCAUUCUGACCUUGAAAAGAUCCUCCACUGUAGCACUAUAGAAAGAAAAUGUUGCUGGCCUUUCAUUCUCUUCACAACUACACUCACUCACUCUUCUCUUAUUGCUCGUUUCUUCUCGCAGUUUGUGGUGAGUGACCUCUGCCCUACAGUGUAAAAGUAACCUUCUGGUGAAGAGUUAAUCUCAAAUAGCAGUUCAAUGACAAAAUCAAAGACAUCUAAAGUGGCAGCCUCACCACACUGUUUUCUAAACAACUGUAGAAAGAGGUUGGUAGCAGCUUUCCCUUCUAUUUCACAAACAGAGCAUUGGACAUGAGAAUCAAGUGGCUAGUUGAGGCAGAUACACUUUUAAAGGGUCAAAAUGAUGUACAUAUAUUUGGAUGGUUUAAUAAAUCUUGCAGAAUGCUCUAAAUGAGAUGUAAAGUUAAGUAAGGAAUAAA